GCCGGCCGGGCCCCGAUGGAGGUGGCGUCGCUGUACCGGCGGGUGCUGCCGUCGCCGCCGGCGGUGGAGUUCGCGUCGGCGGAGGGGAAGCGGCUCUUCGCGGAGGCGAUGCAGGGCGGGACCAUGGAGGGCUUCUUCACCCUCAUCUCCUACUUCCAGACGCAGUCGGAGCCGGCCUUCUGCGGCCUCGCCUCCCUCUCCGUCGUCCUCAACGCGCUCGCCAUCGACCCCGGCCGCACCUGGAAGGGGCCCUGGCGCUGGUUCGACGAGUCCAUGCUCGACUGCUGCGAGCCGCUCACCAAGGUCAAGGCCGAGGGCAUCACCUUCGGCAAGGUCGCCUGCCUCGCGCACUGCGCCGGGGCCAGGGUCCAGUCCUUCCGCGCAGACCAGACCACCAUCCAAGACUUCCGCGCGCACCUCAAGCGGUGCGCCUCCUCGCAGGACUGCCAUCUCAUCUCAUCCUACCACAGGAGGCCCUUCCAGCAGACUGGGACUGGCCAUUUCUCACCGAUCGGGGGCUAUCACGCCGGGCAAGACAUGGCGCUCAUCUUGGAUGUCGCGCGAUUCAAGUACCCUCCUCAUUGGGUUCCACUGCCGCUGCUCUGGGAAGCCAUGAACACCACUGAUGAAGCAACUGGGCUUCUCAGAGGGUUCAUGCUUGUCUCAAGGCACACUUCAUCUCCUUCAUUGCUCUACACAGUGAGUUGUGGGGAUGAAAGUUGGAAAAGCAUGGCAAAGUACUGUGUGGAGGAUGUGCCCAAUCUUUUGAAGGAUGAGAGUUUAAAUGAUGUUGCAACACUUCUGUCCCACCUAGUGGAAUCUCUUCCGGCCAAUGCUGGAGAUUUGAUCAAAUGGGUUAUUGAAGUUAGGAGAAAAGAGGAAGGUGAAUCGUCCUUGAGCAAAGAGGAGAAAGAAAGGCUUGCUCUCAAGGAAAAAGUACUACAGCAAGUACGUGAUACUAAGCUUUUUAAUGUAGUCCAUGAGCUGCAGUAUCCCAAGGGACCAUGUUCUAGUUGCUCAUCUUCAAGUGAUGAAGAUUCCCUCUCCCAGAUUGCAGCCAAUGUGUGCUGUCAAGGAGCUGCAUUCCUAUCUGGUAACCUUGUAUCUAGAUAUGGAUUCUGCUGCCGAGAAACAUGUAUCAAAUGUGUAGAAGCAAAUGGUGAUGGGCUAAAGACUGUUAUCUCAGGCACCGUGGUAUCUGAUGGGAGUGAGCAGGGUGUUGAUUUGCUUUUACCAACAUCCCCAUCAAAAACAAGCUUAUGCAAUUCAAACUUGAAAAACAAGGUUGUCAAAUAUCCAUCAGGCGCAGAUGUUCUAACUGUCCUACUGCUGGUUUUACAUCCGAACACAUGGUUUGGCAUAAAAGAUGAAGGAGUGAAAGCUGAAUUUCAGAAUCUUGUUUCAACUGAUAACCUUCCAGAUCUUCUUAAGCGGGAGAUACUGCAUCUAAGGCGACAGAUCCAUUAUUUGACGGGCUGCAAAGGAGAGGAGGCAUGUCAAGUGCCCAUGCCACCAUCUCCUUAGCAAUGAUGGGUCACGAUCAACUCACUGACUACAAGAGAAGCCUUCAUAGAGUUAGAGAUCACGCUAGCCUGCUAUCUCAAUGGAUGUCGAAGAAAGUACACGAUUCAGUGAACAAACUUACUUCCCAAGGCAGCAAGGCAUUCUAAUGUUCAAAUAAUAACCAGACUACUGGAGCCAUACUGAUGGCUGGCAAUUGCUUGGUUAUAGGUCUAUUUCAGCUCCUUGUAUAUGCAGUUUUUUUGCUUUUACAUAGUAUUUUCCUCGGAGUAUGCAAUUGUUUGGUUUUAAAUCUACUCCAAGAUUUCACUGAAGCUAGUAAGCAACAUUUUUUUGGCCUUUAUGAAUUCUGGAAUGGUUUGCAAGACAACUCUGUCA